GUACCAUACCAGUACAACUACUCUUUUUCUUCCUUUGGCUUUGCCAUGAUGUUUCUGUUCUGUACUUUCUGUUCCAAAAACGUUUGACAGCUGACCUCUAAAACACCAUGUUUGAGGGGGCUUCAAUUACCUGCACCCAGGUGGACCCAGAGACCAUCAUAUGCAAUGGCACCACGUUCAAGGAGACAGAACCACCCCUGGACUACCACGACGAGAUGUUCUGGGUCUACGUUGGCAUUUACUGUGCACUAGUCCUCUUUGCAGGUUUGAUGUCAGGCCUGACCAUGGGACUCCUCUCCCUCGACAUCCUCAGCCUGCGCGUGCUCGCAGAGGGCGGCAAACCCCACGAGCAGCGUUACGCAAGACGCAUCACUCCUAUCGUGGAGCGCCAUCACCUCUUACUGGUCACGUUACUGUUGGCCAACGCGGGGGCAGUGGAGUCGAUGCCGAUCUUUCUGGGCAAAGUCACCAACGAAAUUAUUGCCAUCGUUGUGUCGGUCACGGCAGUGCUGCUCUUCGGAGAAGUUGUACCGCAGGCUAUAUGUACAAGGUACGGGCUGGCGAUAGGAGCAUGGUUAUCUCCAUUGGUUGUAAUUUUGAUGAUCCUAUUUUUCCCGAUUGCUUGGCCCAUCUCCAAAGUCUUAGACUGUAUCCUGGGACACGAGCACGGAACCUUCUUCCGAAGAGCAGAGCUUAGUGCCAUGGUCAGCAUUCACAAGGAGAAACAGCAAGAGAAUGAGGAACCACUGACAGAAGACGAGGUGCUAAUCAUACAGGGCGCCCUCAGUAUGCGCAACAAGGUGGUGAAGGACGCCCUCGUGCCGUUGGAGAGUAUCUUCAUGCUGGACGCACAGAGACGAAUGGAUGCCGAGUGUAUGGAAAAGGUCUUCGUCAAGGGUCCCUACUCACGGAUACCAGUUUACAAGGGUCACCGUGGCAACAUUUUGGGCAUUCUAUUGGUCAAGACUCUGGUGAAAGUCGAUCCCAACACGGCCCCCACUGUGGGGGAGAUCUUCCGAGAGCACGGCCGGACCCUCCCCACGGUGCCCGGUCACUUGCCUCUCUACGAUUUGUUAAACGAGAUGCAGACUGGGAAAUGCCACAUGGCGGCCGUCACGUCAUCGACAGACACCGCGAUUCCGAGGUCACCUCUAGAGGGCGCCGACCAAGUUGACAGUUUCAGUUGGAAGGAAGGGGACAUCCUUGGCAUCAUCACGCUGGAAGACAUCAUCGAGGAGCUCCUUCAGGAGGAGAUAGUGGACGAGACGGACGAGUUUGUAGAUGUGCAUCGUCGAGUGAGAGUUGCCCGAGCUAAGAUGGCUCGGACACAGUCAGUGCAGCAAGAUACUGGCAUCAUAGAGUCAGGGGCAAAACGACCAAGAGCCCCCUCCUCCUCGGCAAAAAGUCCCGGUAUCCGAAAUGAGCCGAUAUUUCAACUUGGGAGGAACGUCCACUAUGCCAAGGGUCAAGGGUCAGAGGCAACAAGGGGAAACCCCAGCAUGACAUCAUCGGUGAAUGCCGUUCACGAAGAGGAGGACAGAACCUCGGAUACUUCGCCUCUGAUCAGCCUUGAAUGAAGGCUUUCAUUUUCCUUCGGAAGAAAGUGAUGUGGUGCUGUUAUUGGCUGCGUGCAGGAACGGUAGAGGGCGCUCUGACGAUCGAGCCACGUUAGGGCACAGAGCAUGUUUACAAUAGCUAGAGGGCGCUCCAACGAAAGAGAAACAUUAGGGCACAUACCAUGUUUACAGUAGCUAGCAUACACACAGCCUGUUGGGUAAAGUAACUAGUAGCUGUCUUAUUAAGCAAAAAUGAGGGGAAAAAUAUGAGAAUGGUUGAAAAAUGAGGGGAGAAAAUAUGAAAAUGGUUGAAAAGUAUUGCUCAUCAUGCAACCUCUGUUAAGGGAUGUUCUGUGUUUUCAAAGCUGGGGGCAGAGUGAAUGCCUGUGGGAACCAUGCAGAGUGGACCGCUCUUGACUGAGGUCACCUGGCCCAAAGUAAUGAUCUCAUUGGUCAAUGCUCAAUGCUACGUCAACAAAUGCUAUUACAACGGUAAAAGGGUAUCAUGGUUCAACUUCAAAAUACAGUAAUCUUUGGCUAGAUUCAUUGGUAACAUUGCAGAUAUUUGAUAAAAGAAAGAAAUCAUGAUUCUUGUAAUAAUAUAUUGAUAUUUCAAUUUCAAUUCAAUUCAUACAAACAUUUAUUUCAAUAUUGCUGACAAAACUGUUUUUACAGCUUGUAUUUUUACAAUUUACAAACAUAAGUAGACAAACAUAAAACAAAGACAAGAACAAUUAUCUGAAUUCUCUGAUUGGAAAUGAAUUUUAGUGUGCCUGCCUAACUUGGAGCGAAAAGAAAAAGA